GAGGACGCCCGGAGCAUGGGUCGGAAGCGGUGCGUGGGAGACUGUUCCAAGAUGGCGGCGGGCUGCUGUGGGGUGAAGAAGCAGAAACUCUCCAGCUCUCCGCCCUCUGGCUCGGGGGGACCAGGCGGCCCGCACUGCAGUGGAGAGAGCCAGUGCCGUGGGGCGGAGUUGGGGCUUGGAGGCUCAGGGAGCGGCCCGGUUGGCAGCAAUCGGGUGAACGGCCUGGGCUGUGGGAACAGCCUAUCCCCCGGCUGCGGGACUCUCUCUCCGGGCUGUGCUUCCAGCCUGAGCCCCAGCUCCCGGAAGAUGGUGGUAUCGGCUGAGAUGUGCUGCUUCUGCUUUGACGUUCUGUAUUGUCAUCUGUACGGGUAUCAGCCGCCUCGCACACCCCGCUUCACCAAUGAUCCCUACCCGCUGUUUGUAACAUGGAAGAUAGGCCGCGACAAAAGGCUGCGUGGAUGCAUAGGAACCUUUUCUGCCAUGAACCUGCAUUCUGGUCUCAGGGAGUACACUCUUACCAGUGCCCUUAAAGAUAGCCGUUUUCCCCCAAUGACGAGGGAUGAGCUGCCACGGCUAUUCUGCUCAGUGUCUCUGCUUACAAACUUUGAAGAUGUAUGCGAUUACUUGGACUGGGAGGUGGGUGUACAUGGCAUUAGAAUAGAAUUCAUCAAUGAAAAAGGAUCCAAACGAACCGCCACGUACUUACCGGAGGUUGCAAAGGAGCAAGGCUGGGACCACAUACAGACCAUAGAUUCCUUAUUGAGGAAAGGUGGAUACAAAGCUGCAAUCAAUAAUGACUUCAGGAAAACGAUUAAACUUACCAGAUACCGUAGUGAGAAAAUGACCAUGAGCUACUCUGAAUACCUUUCCCACCGUCAGCACCAUCACUUUCAAAAUGGCAUCGGACACCCCCUCCCACCAUACAACCAUUAUUCCUGACACUGAGCCGCAUGACCAGUCACUAGACCUCUCAGCGGAACUCUUCCCGGGAGAGCCAGCUCCCUCUUGGUCUAGCUAUCUCUAUUACUGUACCAUUUUAUGAUGAUUGUUUCCGUUGUCCUGUUGACGCAUUGCUUGCCUAGCAAUGCUAAUCAGGGCAACGGGUGGGAAGAAACGCUAAGUACCCACAAUUUAUUUUUUUAAUAGAAUUAAUUUGAGCUACUGAAGGGUUUUGCAUUUUUUUCUUUGCAGCAGCAUAUGUUUUAUUUUCUUUUACAGUUAACCUUUUACAGAUAUUGAUCAAGUUUUUUUCUGUUGUGUAUCAGAUGAUAGGUCGGGACACAAAUAUCUUGUUUGUGUAUGUGCACUGAACUGGUCAUAUCGCCAUUUUGUUUUAAUCUCCUAGGAUGUUAUGAUGCUGCUGUAUACCGCUGAGGGUUGUCCUUUGGUCAUUUCAGGUUUUUCAUUUUCUCAACACCUGUGUUAUUUCACAACAGCAAACAUCUAACGUUUUACCCCAAACAUCCUCAAAACACCAAAACUGUGCCUCAAAAUUGUGUCCCUUUUCUCCCAAUCUGUGAUUUAACGCAAACUUCAUUUGUGGCUGAAAGAACUUAGAAUCUUACUAUUUUUAUUUUAGGGCAAAUCCCCAUCUAUUUAACCAACACAUCAA